AUGAAGCUCCAUGGCCGUAAACUACUACUUACCCAAUCACUCUUUUCACUCCAACCCAUCACCAAUACUCCAACGCCACCGCCCAGGUCACCAGCUUCCGGCACAUUGCAGUCACCUAGCAGAACUUAUACCUUCAUGCAGUCCCCCGUGGUGCUCGUAGUCCUGCCCGUCAUCCUCCUCGCUCUUUUCCUCUUCGGCUGCAUCUCCAAGUACUGCAUGCACCAACUCCCAGACAACGAGUCACAUCCCCGCCGACGAGAACCUGGCCAGGAAGCAGCGACAUCGAGUUUGUCUCCUGGGUCGGACACCAACCUGCGUAAAGGAAUCGACCUGAAGAAGAUUGGGGCUCUGCCGGUGUACUCUUACGGUGGGAAUUCAGACGACAAAUGCUACGAGAUCACGGACUGCGCGAUUUGUCUGAGCGAGUUCCAGCAGAAAGAGGCCGUGAAGACGAUACCGUUUUGCAAGCACGUGUUUCCUCCAGGCUGCAUUGACACGUGGCUAUCUUCGCACGUGACGUGCCCAGUUUGCCGGUCCAUCCAGUGAUCCGAAGUUGGGUGUGAGGGAAUCGGAGAAAAUAUGUCGAGUGGGGAGUAACGAGACAUGUAUAGAAGUGACGAGGGAGAUGGUAUUGGGUAUUAGGUGGAACAGUAGCUGCUCCAGUUUAGGAGAUCGAUCGAGCGGUGUUACAAAGAACAUCCGGCCAGUUUGUAGCCUUGCACAUAAGUUUGUUUUUUUGGUACUUCUUCUACAUAUAUAGUUCCCAACUAGUUACGAUACAUGUUUAGUUCA